AUGUCGAAUUUUGGUGAUUCAACUGAUAUCCGUGAUUCUCCGGAACGUACUGGAAUAUCUAGUAGUAAUAAUCUAUCAUCAUCCAUUGAUAGUGAAGAAACUGCUUUAUCAAAAUAUGAACAUGAAUUAGAACGGAUGAUAAAUGAAAGUUUAGUUAAUGGACAAGAUUUAUAUACACAAAAAUUAUUUAUUGCCUUUCAAAAUGCUGCUAAAGCUGUAACAAAAAUGUUUCGUGAACGUUCUAAUGGAACGGCUAAUUGGAAUACAUUUCAUGCAGCAGCUGGAUCAGUUACAAUGCUUUAUAAAGAAAGUCUUGAUGCAUUGAAAGAUACUGUUCAAUUAGGUAUUAUCAAUGGUGAACAACGUAAAACCAAAGAAUUAUUAUGUUGGGCACGUCGUAAACAACGUCGUCAUAUACGUACAGAAGAAGUUUAUGAUUAUUUAAUUGGUCGACCACCAUAUCGUUUUGCCUCUCGACCUUAUAAUUCAAACAGUUCAUUAUCAAUAACUGAAAUCGGUAGUACGAACAGUGGUACAACAAAUAGCAGUAGUUUACGUCGACAAGAUUCAGCUACAGAAUUAACAACAAAUCAAAAUCAACCUAUUGUUGAUGAUUUACAAACAUUUCGACAAGCACUUGUCAUGCAUGAUAUUGAUAAUGCUAAUCGUAAUGUUCAUUCAAAUUCAUAUCGUCAUCAAUCACCAUCACCACCAACAACAGCUCAACAACUUGAAAGUUUUGUUCGUCAACAAGUUGCUGAUCAUUUAGCACGAAAACGUGAUUGGCAUUCAGCAGAUCUAUUUAAUGGUUCAAAUGCAUCGGAUUUUCAAAAACCAAAACGUGGCCGACACAUGUGA